AUGGACCGACAACAAAAGCGCCCGCGCGAGGACGCCGCGCCCGCGUCCGCACCGAAGCGCAAGAAGCACUCGUUCCCGCUCUUCCUCGGCGGCGUGCAGCCGUACUGGUACAAGGACAACCGGGACCGCGCCGAGGGCGCCGCGGCGGCAUACCUCCGCGACCGGACGAACCACGACGACGUGACCGUCGAACUCGACGUACCGCCCUACGGAGCGGGCAGACCCAAGGGCACGGCGUGGUUCCGCGGCGACGGCGACGCGCCGCUCCGCGCGGCGCGGCGCGCCAUCGGGAAGUACGACGCGAUCGACCCCCGCUCGCGCAACCACACGAAGACCGUCAUGUUCAAGGAAGUCAAGGAGCACAACGGCUUCGCGGAUGCGGAACAGGGACUCAUGGACGAGAUCUGCGCCGAGGCCGAGGCCAAGGCCGCCGCCGCCGCGCCCGCGCCCGCGCCGACGCCGGUCGCGCCCACGCCCGCGCCGGCCGCGCCACCGCGACCAGCCACCGUGCCACCGACGCCGGCCGCGCCCGUGCCCAACUUCGUGACGUGGCGGCCGGGCCCCGAGGCCCUCUGGAAGCGCGCGCUGCCCUCGGUCGUCGUGGCAUACGGCGGGCCCGUGAUCCACAACACGAUCGACGCGGCGCGGGCGCAACUCAAGGGAGACAAGGACGGCCGGCGCAUCUGGGGGGUGGACCUGCCGCCGCCCGAUUCGGGCGGCGCGCCGAAGCGGUGGUUCGUGGCGACGCCGGCCGAGGUCGACGAGGGCUAUGCGCGCCUGCCUCCGCAAGACCGGCACGUCUACGAGGUCAUCGACGCGCGGCGGCCCUGCUGGGCCUACUUCGACCUCGAGUUCACGCGAAAGGACGGCCUCAACGCGGCCGUCGACGGCGACGCGCUCACGGAGCGCGUCAUUUCCGCGGCGUGCGACGCGUUGGUGGCCGCCGCCGGCGACCGACCGCUGGAGAUCGAGGUGAUUGUGCUCGCGUCGGCGCGGCCGACCAAGUUCUCGCGCCACGUCGUCCUCCGGCCGCACUGGACGGACGGCACGCGGCGGCCGGCGCCGCUCGCCGGCUCGCCGCACGCCGGUCAUCUCGCGGACGUCGUGAUCAAGGCGCUCGGCGACGCGCUGACCGUGCAGAGCGGCGACGCGCGGACGACGACGAGCUUCGUCGACACCGGCGUCUACACGCGCGACCGCUGCUUCCGCGUCUGGGGGUCGACGAAGCACGGCGACGAGGCCGAAGCUGCGUUCGCCGUGACGGAGCAACGGGUGUCCCCCGGCUCCCGGCCCGUCGCGUUUACGCGGUCGCCGCUCCGCGAGACGCUGGUCGUACCAGAACUACAACCAGGAGAAAUUGACUGCCUCGAGAUCGACGCGCCCGUCGAGCCGCCGCCGCCGCCGCCGUCUCCGGGCGCCGCCGAGGAGGCCGCGGCACCCGCGGCGCCCGCGCCCGCGGGCUCCUGGGAGGAUUCGUGGGACGGCGCCACCGCGACGCCGCUGCUCGACGCGACGGCGCUCCCCCACAAGUUCAUCAUCGCGCGGGCGGGCGACCGAGGCCAGCCGCCGGCGCUGUUCGCCGCGGCGGCGACCGCGGCGCUCGCGGCGCUCCGGCGCGACCACCGCGACAACGGCGACCCCACGCUGAUGUCCUGGCGCUACGUCGCGGCGGAAUUCCCGUCGGAACGGUACCUCCACCUCACCGUCAAGGGCCAGGGCGUCUUCUGUCGAAGCCGCGGCCGGCCGCACCAGAACCAGAACCUCGUCGUGACGGUCGACCCGGUCAACGGCCGCUGCUGGCAGCGCUGCUACGACGGCGCCGACUGCGCGCGCAACGUGCCCACGACGAGCGGCGGCGUCUGCCGCCUCGCGAACCGCCACGAGCUCGCCGCGCCGGCGGACGACCUCAAGGUCGACCGCUUCGCGCUGCUCGCGUUCGAGAAGGGCCGCUAA